GAGGGCCGUGCCCCCCGCGGCGCCUGGCAGGGGCUUGGGCUGCCGAGAACAUAGUUGGGGUGCGGGGAGGAGGAAACAAUGGAAACUUCCUGGCCUGGGCGCCGGCACGGGGCCGGUCUUUCGGCAAAUAACUCCCGGAGCUGGGCUUCCUUCGCUCGUGUUGUCUCAGGCCACGCUGAACCCGUGUGCGUGUCGGUGUAACGCUGAGGGCUGGCGUCCUCCGAACAGCCGCGGGACGGUGGGCUUCUCCGGUUUUGGUCAGUUGGAUUUUAACCCAGGUCAGAUAAGACACGCAAAACGCGGCACCCCUUCCCUUCCCGUCCUACCCUUCUUGCAAAGGGCACAGCGUGGCAUCCUGCUCGUUGGUUUGUGGUGGUAUGCCCGGGUCUAAGAGGCAAGGAGGUUAGGCGAGGCCGCGGCAACCUAAUUGACGAGUCCUGAGGACUGAACCCUUGCCGUGUCAGUGGGAAACGCUGAGGCUAAGCUAUCUAGGAAGCGGCACGUACCCAGGUCUCUUUGUGCGCAGCCCUCUCCCUAGGUCUAGGAGGUUCCUUUGCCUGCGGCCCCAGCAUGCUUUCUUCUUACAUGUCAGAGGGCAGGCUGGGGGAUAAGGAAGAGCGGGGCAACGGGUGUGUGUGAAAGAUAAGGAAAGCACUUUAACACUUUCCAGACAUCACUGUAAGUUAGGGCAGCAGAAAGAAAAUACUUCACCUGCCCUUUCAAAUUGCACGGUGCAGUUGAGAAAAGCACGGAUUGUGCUAAGAAACAAAGGUUUGCCUUGUGUUUGUGGAAGAGGAGAGCCCAGACAGCUUGGGCACAGGUGCCAGGAACUGAAAGUUAACUAGAAACGAGCAUCAGCUUCCCAUCCCGGACCAGAGACCAAAGCCACUUUGACAGGGGCACAUGCAUCCUCCCUGCCCGGGCAAGCCGCUGGACCAUCUCUUGCCAUGAGUUCACUGCCUGGCACUGCAGCGUGCCGUUGCUCCUGCUGUCAGGCUCCCAAAACAAUGCCCGCAGCACACAGCUAACGACAUUCCUGCAUGCAAAACAACCUCGGGUGACGAGGGAAGCAGUGCUAACCGCUCGGUGUGGGUAGCAGGUGGAGAAUGCGAGUGCCGAUGCCUCUGAAAGUAUGACCUCACUGCCAAAACAGGUAUACGCUGUCUUUUCCUUGCUGUCUAUGUGAAGACUGAGUAGCUGUCAUCGCUGCCUGCCAUCACACAUGAGGAAGGAUUGGGAUUCACAGUUGCUUACAUUUGAGGAAGAUGACCCACCAGAACCACUUGAGCUAGCAGUUAAACAAGUUGUUAGUGUUGUAAAGUCAGCUCAAGAGAAGGUGGUUUCUUGUAAUGUCGUGGGAGAUUCUGUUAAAUUUGUUGUCACUGUCUCACAUACUUCGCCAGCAGCUGCGGAAGGUCAGUCGUACAGUGUGAAACUGUCUCCACUUCACUUGCAGCUUCAGCUCUAUGUGAAAGACAAAGGAGAAGAUAUCAAAGUUGAGUGGUUCCUCAUUAACACCAAUGAAACCAACUUUGAAAUCCAGCCAACAGUGCAGGAGGGACAGACAGCAGGGACAAGUGCAAUAUCUGAAACGCUCAGAGAUGUUUUGAAGAGCCUCUUUAGCUCAGUUUCUCCAUCUGUAGUGUUGAGUACGAGGCCUACAGAUAUAAAGGAGGUUCAGAAUGUACAGAACAUAAGCCUUCUCCCUCAGGGCACUAGUCCACCUAAACCUCCAAGGGCUCAUGAACUCAGACUGCUGGUGAAGAACAUCGCAGUAAACCUAACUGAUCACAGUGCUGCAGGCAGCACAAACCUUGCAUGUAUAGUUCAGUUGAAUGACCCUAUGCAGAAGUUUUCCAGCUCUGUAGCCAAAAAUGCUGCAAAUCCCUUUUGGAAGGAAGAGUUUAUCUUUGAACUAAGUGCCAAAUCAAAAGCAUUGCAACUGCAAAUAGUAGAAGAUGGAAAGUUGGAUAGUCCCUUGUCCGCAAAGGUGACUGUACCUCUAGACUUGUUCAGGAAACAACCUUCUGGCCAGCAAAGCUUUGCACUGAACAGCAGCACCAGUGAGAGCAGCCCAGAGCCGGGGCCCGGACUGGGAUCCAUUAGUGCAGAGUUCUCUUUCAUAGAAGCCAGUGAAUUAAAGACGUGGCAAGUCUCUUCUCCAGUGCCAGCUACUAAGAUAGAAAAGGAUCGCACUGUGAUGCCCUGUGGGACUGUGGUCACUACUGUAACUGCUGUGAAAACCAAACCUCGUCUAGAAGGGAGAUCAUCUCCACUGAGCACAGAUUCUCCUGUGAAAACUCCAGUUAAAGUAAAGGUGAUUGAAAAGGAUUUCUCUGUUCAAGCUAUCCAUUCUCAUGGUGCUCCAGUCAGCAAAACUUUAUCGUCUUCAGAUACAGAACUGCUGGUACUGAAUGGCACCGAUCCUGUUGCAGAAGCAGCCAUUCGGCAGUUAAGUGAGUCUGCAAAGCAGAAGUUGAAGUCUCCUAGAAAGAAAAGCACCAUUAUCAUAUCAGGGGUGUCCAAGACCUCUUUAUCUCAGGACAGUGAAGCUGCACUGAUGAUGGACUAUGCUGCAGCCAUGGAUAGCUCCUGCAAAGAAGUAGAUCCGCCCGCUGUGGAGGAAGCUGUUGCAAAAGUCACCUCUGAUGAAAAGCUAUCAUUAGGUGCUUCAGAAACAGUACCUGAUACUGACCCACAGCAAAGUGCCCAUAAGGCUUGGGGUUUGGAGAAUGGCAGCCAACAGUGGGACACCAACACUCUCUUAGACCAGACCUGUGAAGAAAUAUCUGGGAGCUCAUUAAGUGUUUCAGAAACUGGGAGCAUGAAAAAAUCUAAAGGUGGGAUUUUGAAAAAAAGCGCGAAGCUCUUUUUCCGCCGGCGACAUCAUCAGAAGGAUCCAGGAAUGAGUCAAUCGCACAACGAUCUUGUCUACCUGCAGCAGCCACUGUCAGAGGAAACGCGCAAGAAGGGAGGCACACUUUCACGUAUUCUGAGCAGAAAACUCCUUUCCAAAAACAAAAGCAAGAACAAACUGAAUGGUGCUUCGGCAGAACCAUAUGUGUAAGACUGAACACUCUCUGAUGGGAUACUUGCACAUCAGUUGACCAUUUGUUUACAGAGCAGUACUAGAGAAUACAAAUACAAAUGAUGACUUGCAUAAAAUGAUGUUCACUAAUACAGUGGUCCAGGAAUAAAGAGAAAGCUUGUCUUUUUUGUUUAUUUUUCCAGAACGCUUUUUCUCUCUGAUUAGAAAGCUGCUCCUCCAAAUACAAGCAGUACUAAUUGUAUCGUGACGGCUUUUGGAGGACCAUGUGGUUUAUUGUAGAAGAUGAGGGAGGGUGGGGAAUGGUGCAGGUGGGGAGGACCUGCAUGUAAGCACCUAGUUUACAUUAAUGGGGAACUAAGAACUGAAACAUCAUACCUGCUAUAUGACUGAACCACUAAAAAGAGAGAAGAUACCACUGUGCUUCCUUACUGCAGCCUGGAAUAGUAGCAAUGCAAGUCUCAACUUGAUUUUCUAGUCAGGCUGAAAGGGAAAAGAGAGACCCAGAUCCAGUUUGUAUUGUAAUUUGGAAACGGGUAAGUUUUCAGAAGCAGAACUAAAAUGCUUAUUAAGAUAGCCUACUGUAGUAACUGUAGCCUGCUGUAAUAACUGCUCAGUCCAUGUAGGUGGAGAGAUGCCUUUGAUAUUAGCCAUAAAUCAAUAAAUUAUGCAAAUACUUAUACUAGCAUAUUGUUUAAUGUUCUGUGCAUAAGUUAUGCUUAAAAAAACAGAACUUUUUUUAAAGUCUACUUGAGUCUACUCACAAACAAAACAUUUACAAAUUCUUAUAUGUAGCUUUUCUUCCCUGUGUGAGAAGCUGCGUUGCUAAUGCAAAAACCUAUCUUAGGGGCUCUAAUUCCUUCUCCCAAGUACUUGUUAGACAAGUAUAUUAGCCAUCAUAUCAAAUGCAAAGCUAGGAGCAAUAAGUGAUGAAUAGAUAUAUUUAACCCUAUAAUGCUUUUCAUUAGACAGCUUGUUUUACUUGCCAAACACUUACCACCGAGAUCUUAGAAAACACAGUUGCGAAGAGAGCUUUCUAAAAAAUAAUAACAAUUCCCUUAGUCAUCUUUCAGUUUCUGGAUCUACCAGUGUUGUCAUGUGGUGAGUGGUUGGUUGGGUGAGGUUUUUAACUUUUUUUUCCUCAUUAAAUAUUGCAGCUGGCUCCUUUAAAUUAAAAGGAAAAACUGAUGAAAGUAAAGACAUAGUUUUGGCUUGUUUUGGCUAUUAAGAGUAAAAUGUCAGUCAGUAUUUCACAGGUACCAUCUUUCAUGCAUACCUGUACUUUUCCAUCAUCUACAUUCCUACUGAGGACAAAGGACCAAGCCUGUUCUCUUUAGCCAAGAAAAACAUCCAUUCCAUCUAAAUUACUGACAUGAAUGGAUGAUAGAUUUGUGCCUGCUUUGCCAACAGUGAUUUCCCCCACCCCCCUUUCCUCCCCUUAAGACAUUCUACACUUUGGCAGAUACUUGGGCUUUCAACUUAAACCAUUCUUCAAAAAUAGAAAGUCACUGAAGAAGAGAAACACAUUCCAAAAGUUCUGAUGGACUCUAGCUUCCUUGGUAAAUGCUUUUACAAAGAAUAUAAAAGUAGAGGCGUUUUGGCUUCUUUUUUACCAAGAAAAUAUUAGAAGAAAGAAACUGUCAAAGUCUUUUAACUGAGCCUACUGUUUAAAAUGACUGUUUAUGUGGAACCUACUAAAAUCACUGUGGCAGUACAGCAGUCCAGACUAUCAAAUAGUUGUAUGUUUAAGCAUGCUGCUUAUUAUGAAAACACUUGAAGGCAUUUUAAUACUCUGUAUUUUGAAAAUUGGUUACAAAUGAGUCUUCUAGAGCUGUAACGUGCUUAGAAAUCCCAGUUCAGUAAUACAGGUUUGUCCUGCUUGAAUGUGCUUGAACACUUUUGUUUAUUGUUAAUUUAAUACAAAGUAGAAGUUAGGUUUCUUCAUUUGUUCUACAGUGGUUCAUGAUACA